CACGAAGUCUAGUCACGUGCUUCAGCGUGAGGGUUCACGCGCAAAGAAUCAACCCCCGCUGCUAACCUACCUUUCUUUUACACACCAGAACUCGGGCGAAUUGCUCACCUCGUCACCGACAAGCAGCCCACGACUGUGUGCUCCCCGCGCUCAGAAAACAGAUCAGUUAUGUUGGUGACCGCUGGUUAAAGACAACAUCAUCAUUCUGACACUCAUCCUAUCAUUGUGUUUGCGUGGCACGAACGCUGACAAAGAAUUGAGUCGACUCCGUGUUUCAUUUAGUGUUGUGACUUACUCUCACAAGGGAUACUCUUCACGGUGAUGUUAUUUACUUGCCCGCAGGUUUACAGCGCACUGAACUAAAUGGUGUUUUCGGAGGCAGGUAAAUAAGAAAUCUCGCCAAAUUUUGGGACCACAAAAUCCAUUUGUCUACUGCGUAUAUUCUUUGAUGAUGUAUUGUUUGUUUUUGUUUUUUUUAAAUAAGUUAAUUUUAAUGCGGAAUGCGUUCAUUCACAAGGUGAGGUUCACUGUCGAUAAAUCUAAAACAUUAUUGGUUUUUGUUUUGGUAAGCUGAUAAUAUAGCGAUGUAAUAUGUUGUUUGUUUAGUCGCAAUUGCUUGAAGCUCCCAUUGUAAACAAACAGAACACAUUGUACAAACGGUUGAAGUGAUAAAGCACAGUGCGUAAGGUGAGGACAAGGACUGCGUACUCGGUUAUGUUAUAAAAGAAAAACACACGUAAAUAAAAAAAAAAUAACACACACACAGAUCUUCACAUUAACUCAAGAGGUCAAUGUACUUAACGAAGUGGCGAAUUCAAUGAAGGUUUCUCAACCAACCAGCCCCCCCCUCACUAUUUUCCCACUGGUGUAGGAAGAUGUGUAUACAAAAAAAAAAAGGGGGGGGGGUGUUCCGUCCCCGGUGGUACUUUAAUCUAUAUAUUGAGGGGCGAAAUUUUCUACCACUUCCUGAGUUUUUUUCCCACUGGUGUAGGAAGAUGUGUAUACAAAAAAAAAAAGGGGGGGGGGUGUUCCGUCCCCGGUGGUACUUUUAUCUAUAUAUUGAGGGGCGAAAUUUUCUACCACUUGCAGAGUUUUUUUUCGUUGGGGAAGGGCGGCAAAAAUAGUGGCCCACCCUUGUUGGCAUUAACCUUAACUACGCCACAUCUCUCCCAAACCCCACCCCACCCCCACAGGGUAACGAAUGUGUAACAUGCAUUGAUUAUCCCCCCUGCUUUCAGUAAACUUUUUAUUUAAUGUACAAUGAAAUGUGUUUUGAUUUCUCGACUUCUAUUGUGUACCAAUAUCCAUUCACUUGGGAUGGCUAAUUGUGUACCAAUAUCCAUUCACAUGGGAUGGCUAAUUGUGUACCAAUAUCAAUUCACAUGGGAUGGCUAAUUGUGUACCAAUAUCCAUUCACAUGGGAUGGCUAAUUGUGUACCAAUAUCAAUUCACAUGGGAUGGCUUACAUUCUAAAAUGUUGUCAAAAUUUUAAGUGGCUUUUUUUUUUAAAGCUGGCACAUCACGUUGGAUCUUUGUAAAUUUGUAUGGGUAUAUUUAUAUAAAUUAUCAAUAGAUGCUCGCAUGCAUCAAACACUCUAUGCCAGGAUUACAUCAAAAGGUAGGCGCGGUCCCUGCCAGUUGGCCUUGAUGUAAAUAUUUGGCGCGUUGACAUUUGUUUCAUCCGCUCAUUGGAUGGGCUGGCAGACGUUUACAUGACAUACCUAACUAAAACAGGGGUAUAAUGCGCCCGGGGGGGGGCGGGGGGGCGGAAAAUAACUAUCACGUGAUCGCCAUAGCAAAGACACUAUUAACGAAACGAAAAACCACAGUUACGUCAUCUACAGCGAUAACAAUAUCAUUUGUGGGCGUAAUUCCAAUUGUGUUAUUUGUUUCUUUUCAACUGUUCCCUAUUCCCCGUUAACUUCAUAAUAGCAGAGUUUAUUGUAUGGCAUAAAGUAUGAAAAAGAGCCACUGACGUUAUCUCAAAUCCUCAAUCUCAAUAUUUACACGGGAGCAGUGGCGUGGGAAGAGGUUGGGGAGGUAGCGCCCCCCCUCCCCCCACGACAUACCUUUUUUAUUUAUAUUGAAGGGUUGCAUAUUCGGCCUACUGGGGAGGGUGUUUUUUUCCGUGGAAUGGGGCAUCAAAAACCUUCCCGGGUGGAACUAUCGUUGAGUUCACGUUGAGUUCACGUUAUUUCACGGGUCAAGGAUGAUGAUUGGGAAAUUGCCGUUUACAUAAAUGUUUUGAUAUUAGUUCACGCAUUAGUGUACCGUUUUUGGUCAACCUGUCCUGAUGUCCGGUCCAAAUAUUUACACAAAUAGGUCAACCUGUCCUGAUGUCCGGUCCAAAUAUUUACACAAAUAGGUCAACCUGUCCUGAUGUCAGGUCCAAAUAUUUACACAAAUAGGUCAACCUGUCCUGAUGUCAGGUCCAAAUAUUUACACAAAUAGGACAACCUGUCCUGAUGUCCGGUCCAAAUAUUUACACAAAUAGGCCAACCUGGCCUGAUGUCCGGUCCAGAUAUUUACACAAAUAGGACAACCAGUCCUGAUGUCCCGGCCUCUUAUUGACAGCUUCUAACAAUUUAUUUCCGCAUACAUAUAGCAGUAACAGUUUGUGUGUAAAAUCUUGUUAGGUUAAGACCCACUAUGCUGGAUCACGUUGAGAUCGGUCAGACUGUAGGCCCGGAUAUUCUAUUAAUGGAUUUCCACCAUGAAAUGACAAACCCUAUUAUUAUAAUAUUUUAUACAGAUUUAUAUAAACAUACUCGAAUUCAAAUACUUGCAUUUUUUUUAAGAGUCAAAAUUUCAAAAAGUUUUUUUUUUUUAAAUUGUUGUUUUGUCUGUAAAAUGUAUCUUGUUGAAUUGAACCCCCCCCCCCCCCUUUUUUUUUAAAAUAUAAAUUUUAAAAAAUUUUUUUUUUUUUAAUUUUUUUUUUUUUUUUAAAAAUUUUUUUUUUUAAAUUACCCCCCCCCCCCCCACCAACCCCUCAAUCCCCCGCCAGUGGCCCAUUUUAUAUAUACUUAUUUCCCCAGUAACUAUCGGCCAUUUGUAUAACAGACCACCAACAACCUCACUGACCACAGACUCAAUCAAAUUAAAGCUGAUGGCUGAUAAGUGAAAACUCCAAUAGCUGAUUCCUAACAGUGGCGCAGUAAAUCUCCGAGUUCUAGGUCAUGUGUACAAACAAACAGGUCUAGACUACACAUGGCAGGCUUUAAACUUGGCAACACUGGGCAGCGUCUUCUAUGUGUUGAAACUGAAAUGACUUGCCACCAAAGUGUGAGUUUGUUAAAGUAAACAUCCAGGAGGUUCGAGUUGGGUUGUUUUUUUUUUUUGUUUUUUUUGUGGUCUUUUUCCGAAGGCAACUCUCGAAGAUCUUAAAAUUUGGAAAACCGUUGCCAUGGCGAUGACUGACGCGAUGGAUGAGACGGAUUAUUCCGCCGUUGAUUUCAAUCAGCUGGAGGACAGUGUCAACAACUUUGACAGCUACGACGCGAGCAUGAGGCGACACCCCCCGUGGCUGACCGAAGGUCACUUCGUGUACCACCUGCUCAGAGAUGGCGAUGGUAAGCUGGGGUUUGUCAAGGAUGGCCAGGGAGAGCCCAUCUGCUCCCCGAGGUAAGCAAUGUGUCGUAGACCGUCUUGCCCAUUUUCCAUAGCAAGUUCCAUCUAGAUAGCACAAGCCCAUCUAUUCCCCGAGGCCAUAAUUGUGUCUUAGUAACUCUUAGUAGACUUAGCUAGGCCUAUUUUCUAGAGUCAAUUGUGUUAUCUAGAUAAGUGUUUCCCAAAUGUUAAGUUUGGAUAAAAGUGGAUAAGUUUCGAAAAUGAACCAGCAUAACUAGAGACCGGUGCCAUAUUGAUAUAUUAUAAUAUCAAUGACGUAACAACGGCUUGGCAUUGGGGCAGUUGCCAAGGGCGCCGGCCUGCGCCAGUUCAAAAGGGCGCCGCUAAAUCUCUAAUUUUAAAAUUUUUAUCCAUUUAUCAAGGGCGCCAAAAAUAAAUUAGCCAAGGGCGUCAAAAACCCAGGUACGCCUCUGUAUAUUAUAUUUUCCUUCAUUGACCAUAAAUAUUUAUGUUGUGCGAACCGACAACUUAAGGCUCGCGGACCGUUGCCGGUCCAUGGACCAUCGUCGGUCCGUGGACCAUCGUUUGGGGAACACUGAUCUUGAUAUCAUGUGACUAAAUAUGUAAGGAUAGCUACAUAAACCGAACUAAAUAAGAAGUUUUCUUAGAGCGUGUGUCUAUCUGCACGGCCGUGUGUAUGUUUGGGUCCUGGGCAUAGCCACACAAAAAGAGCACUGUGCAUAGCCAACAAAGAGACCUAUGACCAUGUAUAUCAUUUCUUCCGGAAUGUGACAUACGGAAACCUCUUAAUCAUAAUCCAGGUUCCGUGGCCCCUUGUGUUUCAACAGACACUUUCCCACCUUGCGUAAUGGAUACUCUGGAUAACCAGUCUCUCUGUUCUUGUUAUGGUAUGUGGUGAAAUUUUUGUAACUAUAGCACAAGACUUAACUGUUCGGUCGGCUCUACUCAAGGACACAGCCUUUACAGGUUGGAAGUAUCCGUACGUCCGUAUUGCUAGGUAAUUAAAUGUGGGUUUCAUACGUCAACAUUGUACCAAUUCUGUAUGUGGGGAAACCAAAUCUCUAUGUGUGAACCCAAAUCUCUAUGUGUUAAAACCAAAUCACUAUGUGGGGAACCAAAUCUUUAUGUGGGAAACCUUAUCUCUAUGAGGGGAAACCAAAUCUUUAUGUGGGGAAACCAAAUCUUUAUGUGGGGAAACCAAAUCUCUAUGUGGUGAAACCAAAUCUCUGUGUGGGGAAACCAAAUCUCUAAGUGGGAACCAAAUCUCUAUGUGGGAAACCAAAUCACUAUGUGGGAAACCAAAUCUCUAUGUGGGGAACCAAAUCUCUAUGUGGGAAACCAAAUCUCUAUGGAGGAAACCAAGUCGUUGAGCACGAAGCUGACUUCCACUGUUAACGGAUCCUUGCACAAACUUCCUUUGUUAGAUAAUCCACCAACGUUAUUUUACCCGCAGGAAGCUCCAAGACCUCUGCCAGUACGAGAUGGUUUCACAGUCCAGAAGGUUGGAGAGUCUCAAGCUGAACUCUCUCCCCUCUGACCUUUACCCUUGCCUCAUGACCGAGGCUAUCUUGCAGAAGCAGCUCAAAUCUAUUGCCUAUCUCAUUUCCACGUGGCCAUUCCCACUCUUGCACAUACAGGUUGGUCAUGCUAAGUACGACUCUCAGAUGUCCGUAGGAUUCUUUACACUGUGUUUUAUGUUGAUUUGUUUUUUGGGGGUUUUUUUUUCCCUUUUUUUUUUGUUGUUGUUUUUGGGAAAUAGGGAGUGGGGGCACACAUAUCGUUACUUGUCAAUGCUUAGAAUAUACUGUAACUUCUGGUAAUGCAAUGAAUUUUAUGGAUAAAACAUUUUUUUUUUAAAUUUAAAAAAAAAAAAAAAAAAAAAUAAAAUGUAAAUGCAAUAAUUGAACUGGUCCUGGCCAUCUGUUUAAAGGUACGCCGUUGAAACAAGUAGGCCUACAUAUGCAGGCACCCUAAUCGUAAAUUUGUGAAGAUAUUGAUCCCGUUUAAACUGGAUGUUUGAUUAACCGAUUGACUCCAGUUGCUUGUCUGAUGACGUAAUGGGGUCCAUUGGAAGUCUGAGGCAACAAUGGGAGACUUGGAUAUUGCUUGGAUACUUGUGAAAUUUUUUUGUUGAAAAAAAAUCAAGGACGUUUUACUUAAGGGAUCCCCAGUCAUCAUUGAAUGGGCCAGUGGGUUGAGGUUAUGAACCCCUGUUUAUAAUGCGAGAUACUCCGUUUCAUUUUGGCAGAGUCUGAUCCCCGAUGAGGAGCUGGUCUGCAAUGAUUACUUGACCUUGGCCUUGGAGAAUGGCGAGGGUAUGUCGUUGAUGGACAGUUUUGCUCUGGGUCUGCUGAGUCUCAAACCUCACUCUCGACUAAAGUGUGUCAACUUUACUGGGUUCAGACACGGUAAGAAAGUGCUCACUAGAAAACUAAAAGGUGGUUUUUGUCGUAGUGGAUAAAUACAAAACAUUAAAAAGAAGAAGAAAAAAACACUUUCCACUACUAUUUGAAUUGUUAGGUAUCUUUACAAAUAUUUCAUCUAUAUAUCGAGAAAAAAAAGGAAAAACAGCAGUUAUUCCACCUAAGAUGCCAGAUAUUCCUUAAACGACCAAUGAUAAAGGCUCAACACAGAAAUUUUAAAAAAUGGACAUAAGUUUUGAAAAUAAAUAAUCUGACCCCCCCCCCCCCCCCCCCCGAUCGUCGGUUGUGUAGAGAACUGAUGAGACUUCCCAUUGUGUGGAUGAGACCAGGAGACAGGCAGUCGGGAUAUUUACACAGUUUGUUGAGGAAGACAUUAGGUGAGGAUAUUAUGAGGUAGUGCGGGAUGGAGUGAUGGCUAUGGAGAUUUUUGGGUGGGAGGUUAUCGAGCAAUGAUCGCGGAAAUGGUGGAACAUAAUAGGAUGGCAUGAUGGGAGGGGAGAAAAGUUGUUAAUGAAUGAAAAGGUUGGAUUAGAUGUUUAGUUAAUGAAAUAGGAUUAUCAACAACAAAAAACGUGAACAAAUAAUUAAUUGAUAAUGAUAAAGUGUUUAUUUUAUGAUGGUUGAUGUGGGACUCCGUUUCGCUUAGCCUUAGAUAGAAUAAAAGACUCACUGAAGUAUAAUUUAUUUGUGAAAAUUUGUCAUGAGUGGUUUCAAAGUGGCGUCACAGUGGCACCGGUUCUUCAUAAUCCUAACCUUGCCUGGCGACCAUCAUUCACUGUUGUACUCAACUGGCCAUAAUGUUUUUCAAAUUUUCAAGAACAAUUAUUUUGAACCAAUUUCUAUUUUAUUUUAGCUAAACUCCCAUGGUUAUGGCUUUACUAAUUUUGCACUUUUCAAUUUAGUGCUCAUCAUAUACGGUCAUAUGGUCCCUAGCUUCACCCUUCUGUUUGUACAGCUUCUAUCCACACAUACAUUAUUUUCAACCAACUUAAUUUUGUUUCAUCCCCAGCCAUAAGUAAAGACAAAGUACAAAGAUAUCUGAAUAGAAUCUCAUGUAUUUAUUCCAACAUUGAUUUAUUAGUUCGCCAUGGCCACAUGUUUGGUGAGUCUAGCAAUUUAAAUCUGGCAUAUCCUCUUUUGUGAUAUGUUGUCAAGCUUUUGUUGUUUAUUUUAUUUGACUGCUAAGAUCUACGUAAGAUCUGCUCACAUAUUUUUGGAUAAGUAAGCUUAAUAAAAUUAUGCAUGCAUGCAAUUUUUAAUUUGCUUAAUUUUGGACACUCAUCGUUGCAUGAUUGGGGCACAUAAAUGACUUAAUGUUUAUCACAUGCAGGCCUAUCUGGCCCAUACUUUCCGUAAGACAAGAGUUCAGUACAGGUGAACAAAUCUUGAUACAACUACCUAUGAAUGUAUGAAAUCACUAAAUCCUACAGUGGCCACAAGAUCCACCUCACAUCACAAAGGCUAAACAAUGCUCUAGAAGUGAGAAAAGUAUCUCUAAAAAAUUUAACAAAUGAGUUUUGACUACUUCACUUUCUAUUAAAAUAGUUUCCGGACUUAUACUGCACUUCAAGAAGGGAGGCAUCGCUUUAAGAAUUUGUGCACCACAUCAGUUAGAAAUUGUAAAUUGAUAAAGCCUGCUAUUAGAAUUAAACAAACAAAAUAAACUAUGUACAAUUUACAAAACUGAAUAGGCCUACAUAUAAUGGAAAUGAGAUUUAAAUAUAUGCCUCCUUUUGUUCUUUUAAAAUAUUAUGCUUUGGGCUGUUGAAAAUAACAUUUUCAAUAGUGGGUCCCUUGCCAGUUAUUUAGAGCCAUUUUCUAGAUUAUUACAGAAAAAAAAAUCCUAUUAUAAUAACUAGAUAAAAUAUUACUAAAAUCAUUAAACUAAUUUCACUCUAUUACUUUUAAAUUGUGUUAUUAUUUUGAAACAUUCAUGGUUCACAUUUUCAAUUUUCUUUUUCAUCAGGCCGUUUUUUCUUGUGGGGAAGGUACUUUAUUGUUCUUGGUUUUUUUUUUAAAGGGACAUUUUUUAAAUGCUUUUGAAAAUUUUUUAAAAUUUUAUGUAAAUAGGAAAUAAAUAGCUUGCUAUCUUCAAAUAUAAAAUUUAAUAUUAUGCAUAAUCUCUUAUGGCACUCAUAAUUCUCGUAAAUGUAUUAUUAACAUAAUUUGUUCUUUAUUUUUAAAACUCUAACCAACCAUAACAUUUCAUCAGAUUUAUGCAUGUACUAUUAACCAAUCUGAACCUUUCUCUAGGCCCUGUGACCAUAGCUCUUGACUGCAAGUUAACGAUUGAUGAUGUCCCCAUUGGCUUAGCUUUACAAGGCCACUCCCCUUUUCGCUAUGUGUGUCAGAGGGCGUGGCUAGAGGUUCUGCCUGAUGUGUGUCUUCCAGUGUCGCUAAUCAACAAAGUGUUAGAACCUAGAGUAUGUUUAUAAUUUUCAAAUGUCAAAAUUCUUAAGGAGAGCUUUGACACCUGGCUACAUAGUUUACAAAUGCUUUGCCUAUCGUAAGGUUGUUACUUUUUAAAUUGAAUAUGUUUUAUAUAAUUUUGAAUGGAAUUAUUAAAAAUCAAAAUUUCUUUGUGUAUGACAACAUGUGACCUAAGAUAUUUAUGCAAAUUUAGAAGUAACUAUUUAAAAUGUUAUCAUUUACAGAUGAUCACCCCCAUAGCUUUAACAGAUCAUCACACCAUAUACAAUGAGUAAAAAUUACAGAUGAUAAAAAUUGAAAAUUAGCAUCUAAUACAAGUUCAUAAAAAGCAGAUUGUGUAACUUUUCCCUUUCAAUGACAUUGCAGUAUUUAACUCAUAUUGAGAUUGAAGACAGCGAAGUUUGUUCUGAUCCCUGUCGUUGGGAAUGUCUUCUUGAAGGAUUGUCUCAAUUGUCAGAGUUGCAGUGUCUCUCUCUGCCUAACUCUAUCCAUGUGACGCUUCUGCCAACAGCCUUGUCUCAGCUGUGUGCUGUGUUCAAAUCACUGAGUAAUCUCAGAAAAGUAAUUAAUUGAAAUAAGGUUAAGGGGUUACUUUUAUUCUUGUCAAGCUUAAAACAGCAUGACUUUAUUUCUUAAUCUUCCUAUAGACAUGGCUAUUGUUACAAUCUCAGAUUUAAGUGUUUACUUACAUAUUUUUAUAAAGAAAACUUUGAAAAAUAAUAAAUUUGGCAUUAUUUGAAUGUUUAUAAAUUGUAUAUGAGUGUACAACAUCUCCCUUCCCCAGUUAAAUUUGGCCUCAUGUACAUUGAAAGACUCACUGGACAGCUUGUUGUCCUACUUAACAUGCAGCCUGACCUACUUGAACCUCAGAGAUUGUAGACUGACACCAUCAGACAUUAGAUCUCUACUUGUGUGGUCUAAACUGUCUUCUCUGAGAGAACUGAACUUGAGCAGAAAUAAUCUUAGCUCUCUUUCCCCAUUGGUAUGUAUUUACAUAUUCUUGCUUGUACCUCAAGAUUUAUUGGCAUUAUGAUUUUUCUUUCAUUGGUCAUUAUUUGCUGCCUAUAUGAAGUUAAUUAAGUUAUUGCUAUGAAAAGCUGUACUUGUGACAUUCAAAUUAUUAAUUAUCUACUUUUCAUGGCUUGUUGCAUCUCUUGACAUAAUUAUUUAAAAAGGUCUGACCUUUCAGCUCAAAAACACAUCAGUCAUAAGCACAAUUUCUGAAAUACUCGAAAUUUUGUUGAAGGGUGAUGAGUCAAGUGUACUUGUUAAAUUGUGUAAAAAAAGGUACAUAUUAGAUAAAUCCCUCUAAUGACAAACACAUAGUUUAGAGCAAGGUAUUAACAUCACUAAAAGUCAAUGAAAUUGUGAAGCCACCAAAAAAUUAUUGUUCAUGGGGUCAAAUCAAUAGAAAAAUUGAGCUCAGCAGAGUUUAUUUUCUCACUGUGUUGUAGUUAAUUCUGUCACUUUUACUCUAUGUUGUGUUUUAUUUUCUCCAUAGAUUGCUAACAUGCUAGUGAGGAUGGAGCUGAUCACUUGCUUCUCUGUGUCAUUCUGUUCACUGACGCUAGAAGGAAUUCGCCACAUUGUGCGUCACUGUAUGGACUGCUCCUACUUGAAGGUGUUGUGCGUUCAAUCAUUCAUACCACCGCCAUCAUACGAGGUCAGUCUACAUUGUCUUACAUUACUUUUUUGUCUUCUAAUUUGUCAAUUAAAAAAAAAAAAGAUUCUUAUUUGGGGUGUGCCAAUUACUUUAUACUAGCAAACCACCUAUGAGCUCACCCUCCCCCCUAACCAGAUGACUCGUUGGUCCUGGUCGAUUUUGACGGAUGAACAACACAACAACUAGCACAAAUAUAAUUUUCUGGUUUGACGUUCCUCUUCCUUAAUCUUAAUCAAAAUGUUGAUAUUGUAAAAUAUAAAUUACAUUGAUUUCUUAAAUGUAAAACAUGAGAAACAAAACACUUUGUUUGCUGUAAGUCUUAACUCUGUAACUAGUUUUUAAAAUAGAACAUUUUAACAACAUCAAAAAUAUUACUUUAAAAAUGUAAAUAAGCUGAAUUUAUUUGAAGCUUCAUUGUAUAUGGUAUAGAACCAUAAUUUCCUUAAAAUUUUUUUUUUAUUUUAGAUAUUUUUUCAUGAACAGGUUAGGGGUAUCCUGGAAGACUGUGCCAACAUUUCCACCCUACAGAAAUGUGUCUUGUUACCAGAAGCCUAUGCCUUCCCAGGGACACAUAUCUCACAGAGGGCAGACAACCACAGCAGGACUGUCAUUCUGUGCUCCCAGUACUUGGAUCAACUUGGCCGAUCGGACAUAGAGCUUGAGUAAAUAAAUGUGUUGGCUUGCUGUACUUAAAUCAUCAGUUGUGUAGGUUGAGCUGCUAGCUUGCUGAUCUUUAUGUAGUAAAAUGACCUGAAAAAUUUCUUGUACAAUAAGAUUAAUAUGUCAAAUUUGGACAGUUUUAAGUGAAAGCAAUCAAACUUGGUUGAAGCAAAGCUAAAACCAGACACAAGUGUUAGGCAUUCCACUAUUCAUUAAAUAAAUGCCUUACAUUUGUUUGCACCCAUUGUCUAUCAAACAAGUUGGCUGACAGGAGACUGAUGUGGCUAUUUUUACAUAAGAAUAUCCACAAGCAGUUGCAUUCAUUAGGGCAACUGAGCUUUUCAUCAAAUCAGUUUGGAAAUACACUGCGAUCUAUUAAUUUAUUCCCCGGUAAAUUUGAUUAAACCACGGUAAAUGCCAGUGCAUUAUGGGACAUGCUGAAACUACUUUAGAAAUGUAAGUACAAACUCUGAACAAAUGAUACUGCACUCAAACAGCUGAGUGCCAUUGACAAAGAUGUUUUAAACAUACAUGACUCUGGUUCAGUCAGUGUUGAUUACUACUCCUCACUUCAGUCACCAUUCCUCUUUCUCUUUCUCAAACAUUUAUGUCACAUGUUCAUGUACGGUAUUCAUUUUUGUAUCUUUGUUUUGUAUCUUUGAGUUAGUGAAAAACAAAUUGCUUAGGAAAUAAUUUUUUAAAUAAAUAAAAUAAAAUAUAUUUUUAUAGACAAGUGUGCAACAUCGAUUGGUUAAACAACUGUAUUUGUUGAGAAAUUUUUUAAUUAGUUAAUAAGCGUGCUCCUAGGAGCAUUUUGAAAAAACAUAAGGAUAACAAAAAAAUUCCUACAAUAAAGUCUGACAUCUUUUGUCCCAUUGUCUUACUUAAACAGAUAUUAACUUAGAUUAGGAUAGGUUUAAUUUGUCAAUAAUCUAGAAGUACACAAAUUCAUGCUGAAUCUCUAACCAGUAUUCUAUUGCUAUUAUCACAUAAUGACAUUUUAAGUACAUUUAUUGGGAACAUGAAAUUAUAGAAGUAUGACCCUUAUUAAUAAAGACAGAGAUAGGGUCUGGUUGUCUUUUUGUGCAUCCUCACUUGGACUGGUGCCUAACAGGUUUUUAACUAGUACAAAACUUGGUAGCACUAAAAAUGGCAACCACAAGCCAAAAUCUGGCAAUACCCUAGAAUCUUUAAAGACAUCAUUUCUCUAAUUCAAAUGAAUUAAAAAUAUAUAUUUUUUUUUAAAUCAACCAACUGACAAGUGGUAAGAGAGGGAAUAUAACAAUGUCAUAUGAUUACCCAUAAAGUGAUGACACAUUUUAAGUUUUUGAUAAGUUGAAUGUAAAUGUAUGUAAUAUUGUAGGAUUUUGUGUUUGUUUGGUUUGGGGGGGGGGGGGAUGAGUAACAUGUGUUUGUUUGGUUGGGGGGGGGGGAUGAGUAACACAUUAUUCUAUAUAUUGAGUGGUUGACAGCCAACUGUAGGGUAUUAUGUGUGGAUAUGUGGCACAAGUGUCAUCAGGGUCCUGGAAAUAACCAUAGCUAUACCAAGGCAUGAAUGGGAGGAUUAGUUUCUCUUCUUUAAAAUUUCAAAACGUUUCAGGAGUAAUGGAAAACAAAUUGUUUAAAGGCUAUUUUUUAAAAUUUGACAAAACAUGCAUACAAGAAAUGCAUUUUAUAAGAAUCCCAAUUAGUAGGUCUAUUGCUUAAAGGCCAGCAGGUAGGGUGUAGGACUGUCUGUAGGCCUAUUGUUUAAAGGCCAGCAGGUAGGGUGUAGGACUGUCUGUAGGCCUAUUGUUUAAAGGCCAGCAGGUAGGGUGUAGGACUGUUGCAGACUACUUUUUUUAAGGCCUGCAGGUAGGGUGUAGGACUGUCUGUAGGCCUUUUGUUUAAAGGCCAGCAGGUAAGGUGUAGGACUGUCUGUAUGCCUAUUGUUUAAAGGCCAGCAGGUAGGGUGUAGGACUGUCUGUAGGCCUAGUGUUUAAAGGCUGACAUACAUUACAGAAAAUGAGAUGUUAACUAUUUUUUUUUUUUGUGACACUUGGACACACAGGGUAUUUUCUCAAAAUACUCAGACGCACUGU